UACCUGCUUCCACAAGAGGUAAAACGCUGAACCAUGGCUCCAACUCGUUGGGGAAUCGUUGCCGCCGGCGCUAUCUGCAACGAUUUCGUCGACUGUCUCAACAACUUGCCGCGGGACGAGCAUCAGGUCGUGGCUGUUGCUGGAAGGAACUUGGACAAUGCCAAGAAGUUCGCUGAGCUACAUCGCAUCAGCAAAGUGUAUUCCAAUUACGAGGAUAUCGCAAAGGACCCGGAUGUUGACGUGGCGUACAUCGGAUCCCUUCACCCGGACCACUACCCGACGAUGAAGGUCCUCCUGGAAAAUGGCAAGCACAUUCUCUGCGAGAAGCCUCUCACCAUGAACAGCCGGGACACCAAAGACAUCUGCCGCAUGGCGAAGGAAAAGAAGCUGUUCCUCAUGGAGGCAUUAUGGAGUCGUUACCUGCCUACUUACAAGCACAUGGAGGAGCUCCUCAAGAACGGCACCAUAGGAGAUGUACGCUAUGUGCAUUCCACCUUUGGAUAUCCUAUGGAGAACCAGAGCCGUAUGUUCAGCAAGGAACUCGGAGGAUCGGUUUUGCUCACGCUGGGUAACUACUGCGUCAACAUCGUCCUCCAAGUCUUCGGUGGUGAGCGGCCGGUGAAGAUCAGCGCAUGUGGAGAUUUAUCGCCCCAAGGCACCGACAAGGGCGUUGCCGUAGCAAUGGAAUUUAGCGGAGGUCGGCUGGCAACGUUUGCAUUGUCAGGCGUUGUGAAGCUGCCGGGUGUUGCAGAGAUCUUUGGCAAAAAAGGCAAGAUCACCGUCCAUCCGCCAUUCCACGCGCCAAGUUGCGUCGAGUCGCCAGCGGGAAAAUUCGAGAUCCAAUUUCCGCAGCCAUCCGUGCCCCUCAACUUUCCCAACUCAAGUGGCUUGCGGUACGAAGCGGAAGAAGUGAGGAGAUGCCUUCGUGAAGGCCUUCUCGAAAGCCCAAAGAUGACACACCAUGAUUCGUUGCUGAUCGCUGAGAUAUUUGACGAAAUCUUCAAGCAGAUCGGUGUGCAAUUUUAAGACAGUGCCAUUACACAACGGGAACGUUCCAUUCCAUGAUCAGCUGAUGGGCAGUCCUCAGCUGUCGCUUCCUUGGCGCUCUCGAUGUUUUCUUAUUGCUCAAAUAUCACAGCCUCCUUACUUGAAACGAAGUAUGAAAACAUAGUAUCUUUAUUUGUAUUGUAUUUGAACUUAUUGAGCUGGCCUUCCAAGCAUUGCCCAUUUCUUUCAAUUUAGUUACUUCACAAGACGGACACAGUCAAACUAUUUUGAAAUGUAUCCAUAGGUCGUUCCUUGAGCAAAAUACAUUUUCUGUUUAUGCAGAUCUGAAAUAUAAAUACAUGCAUGUUA